AUGGCACUGCCCGCCUCGGGGAAGCUGGAAGAUAAACUGCAGUGCUCCAUCUGCCUGGAGCUGUUCCGAGUGCCCGUCACCUUGCCCUGUGGGCACAACUUCUGCAAGCGCUGCAUCAGCGACCACUGGCACAAGCAAGAGCAGGUGCCCGGCGGGGCCAAGAAGGGCUACAAGUGCCCCGAGUGCCGCAGGGACUUCGAGCAGCGCCCAGAGCUGGAGAAGAACAUCACUCUAUGCACCGUGGUGGAGCUGGAACGGGCUGGCGUGACACGAGUGCUGGGCACGGAGAGGUGUGAGGUGGCCCACGGCGAGGUGUGCCCGCAGCACGGGCGCCCGCUGGAACUGUACUGCCAGGACGAGCAGCGCUGCAUCUGCUGCGUCUGCACCCUGCAGCAGUGCCAGCGGCACCGGAGGGUGCUCUGCGAGCAGGAGCACUCCGACAAGCAGAACCAACUGAAAGGGAUCCUGGAAAAAGCCCAGGAGGAAUCGCAGAGGAUCAAGCAGGAGAUGCAGGAGCUGGAGGAGCGAACACACAGCAUCAAGGAUGCCUCUGAGAGGCACAGAUCAGUGAUUCUGAGCAAAUUCACUGUCCUGAGGAAAGCUCUGGAGGAUUUCCAGCAGCAGACAACAGCCAGGAUCGAGCAAGAGGAGAGAGCAGCACUGGGACGCAUAGGGGAGAACUGGAACCUCCUGAAGGAUCGCUUGGACGUGCUGGGCCAGCACAGAGAGAGGGCUCAGCAGCUGUUGGCCUGUCCUGACCACAGGACCUUCCUUCAGGAGUUCCACCAGCUCCCACCCCUGGAGAGCCCAGAGGCACUGCUUCCUGUGGAGUUUGGUCUGGACAGCAUUGUGAAGCCCAGCAGUGAGAUCCUCACCAACAUCUCCAGGCUGCUGCUGGUGGACCUUCCUGGCUCUGUGGCCCCCAGAGCCCCUGACCCUGCUGGCCAAGGCCCAGUGCACCUCCAUGGGACAGCAGUGAAGGUGGAGGCCUCUCUCCCCAAGUGCCAGCUCCGAGCUGAGCUUCUGAAGGACCAUCGCAACCUGACCUUCGAUCCCGAGACAGCCAACAAGUACCUGGUGGUGUCAAAAGGCCACCGGAGAGCCAAGCACAGCCCCGGUGCGGUCUGCAGGCGCCAGGAGCAGGGACCCCGCUUCGAGCCCUGGCAGGUGCUGUGCACGCAGGGCUACGACCGUGGCCACCACUACUGGGAGGUGAAGCUCUCCAGCCAUUCUGUCAUCCUGGGGGUGACCUACCCUGGUCUCCCCUGGCAGCGGCAGCAGGGCCACAAGUUCAACAUUGGGCUGGAUGGGAGCUCGUGGGGGCUGCAGGUGCGGGAGGAUUGUUACCUGGCCUGGCACAAGGGCCAGGCAGAAAAGAUCCAGGAGCGGCUGUACAAGAACCUGGGGGUCAGCCUGGAUUACACCAACGGGCUUCUCUCCUUCUAUGGCCUUGGGGAGAGCACACAUCUCAUCUACUCCUUCCACAGCAUCUUCACUGAGCCCCUUUAUCCUGUCUUUUGGCUGUGUGAGGGGAGAGAGGUGACACUGUGCUACAGGGAAUGA